GCUGGACGGGAGCGCGGGUGGCCGCGGCUGGGGUGGGCGGGCAGGCGAGCGGCCUCCCGUCGGCCGCGCCCCUGUCAGGCGGGCUGGGCCCCGCCCCGGCCCGGACGCCCGCCCUCAGCGCCCUCCUCCCUGUCCGCAGCUCUCGCCGCCGUCCCGCUGCAGCGCUCGCGAUGGGCGCCCAGGACCGGCCGCAGUGCCACUUCGACAUCGAGAUCAACCGGGAGCCGGUUGGUCGAAUUAUGUUUCAGCUCUUCUCAGACAUAUGUCCAAAAACAUGCAAAAACUUCCUAUGCCUGUGCUCAGGGGAGAAAGGCCUUGGGAAAACAACUGGGAAGAAGUUAUGUUAUAAAGGUUCUACAUUCCACCGUGUGGUUAAAAACUUUAUGAUUCAGGGUGGGGACUUCAGUGAAGGUAAUGGAAAAGGUGGAGAAUCAAUUUAUGGUGGAUACUUUAAAGAUGAAAACUUUAUUCUCAAACAUGACAGAGCGUUCCUUUUGUCAAUGGCAAAUCGAGGGAAACAUACCAAUGGUUCCCAGUUUUUCAUAACUACAAAGCCUGCUCCGCACCUGGAUGGGGUUCAUGUUGUCUUUGGACUGGUGAUAUCUGGUUUUGAAGUAAUUGAACAGAUUGAAAAUCUGAAAACAGAUGCUGCAAGCAGACCUUAUGCAGAUGUCCGAGUUAUUGACUGUGGGGUGCUUGCCACAAAGUUGACAAAAGAUGUUUUUGAGAAAAAAAGGAAGAAACCAACACAUUCAGAAGACUCGGACUCUUCUUCCAAUUCCUCUUCCUCUUCAGAAUCAUCCUCAGAAAAUGAAGUUGAACGAGAGAGAAUUAGGAGGAGGAGACAUAAGAGGAGGCCAAAAGUCAGACAUACUAAAAAGAGGCGGAAAGAAAUAAGCGGUUCAGAAGAACCAAGGAGGAAGUGCACAAUGAGCCCUGAAGGUUAUUCUGAGAGGAGUGAUAUGAAUGAAAAAAAAUCAGUUGACCCAAACACUAAAAGAGAAAAGCCCGUUGUCCGCCCAGAAGAGAUUCCUCCAGUUCCUGAGAACCGAUUUUUACUUAGAAGAGAUAUGCCUGCUAUCGCUGUGGAGCCUGAACAGAACAUUCCAGAUGUCGCACCUGUUGUAAAUGAUCAGAAACCAUCUGUAUCAAAAUCUGGACGGAAAAUCAAAGGAAGAGGCACAAUUCGCUAUCACACACCUCCAAGGUCAAGAUCCCACUCUGAGUCGGAAGAUGAUGACAGCAGUGAAACUCCUCCUCACUGGAAGGAGGAGAUGCAGAGGCUGAGAGCUUACAGGCCGCCGAGUGGGGAGAAGUGGAGCAAAGGAGACAAGCUGAGUGACCCCUGUUCAAGCCGAUGGGAUGAAAGAAGCUUGUCCCAGAGAUCCAGAUCAUGGUCCUAUAAUGGAUAUUAUUCAGAUCUCAGUGCAGCAAGACACUCUGAUGGUCACCAUAAGAAACGCAGAAAGGAAAAGAAGUUUAAGCAUAAAAAAAAAGCUAAAAAGCAGAAACAUUGCAGAAGACACAGACAGACAAAGAAGAGAAGAAUAAUUACACCUGAUUUGGAACCCUCAAGAUCUCCUACCCACCGAAUGAAGUCCUCCUGUGUUAGAGAAAGGCGAUCUCGAGCCUCUUCCUCCUCCUCUCACCACUCAUCAAAGCGGGACUGGUCUAAAUCCCAGGAUGACCGGAGUUCUUCAACCCAUUCCAGCAGAGAGUCCUAUAGAUCCAAGUCUCAUUCACGAUCAGAUUCUAGAGGGAGCUCUAGAUCAAGGGCUGUGUCACAGUCCUCAUCUCGUUCUCGUAAUAGGUCAAAGUCUAGAUCUAGUUCCAGGUCAGGGCCCCGAAGAACAACGUCAAUAUCCCCCAAAAAACCUGCUCAGCUGAGUGAAAAUAAGCCAGUUAAGACAGAACCUUUAAGACCACUGAUGCCACAGAAUGGAAGUGUGCUAGUGCAGCCAGUGGCAGCAGAAAGCAUUCCUGUGAUACCACUGAGUGACAGCCCUCCCCCUUCUAGGUGGAAGCCUGGGCAGAAGCCCUGGAAGCCCUCUUAUGAGCGAAUUCAGGAGAUGAAAGCUAAAACAACCCACUUGCUGCCUGUCCAAAGCACAUACAGUUUAACAAAUAUUAAAGCAACCGUGAGUUUAUCAUCUUAUCAAAAAAGAGGAAAACCUUCAGAAAGUGAUGGGAGUGUUUAUUCAAAAUACAGUGAUAGAAGUUCUGGAAGCUCAAGAAGGUCAGGGAGCAAGUCUUCUAGGAGCAGGUCAUCCUCCAGAUCAUACACGAGGUCAAGGUCACGAAGCCUCCCUACUUCCCGUUCACUCUCUAGGUCUCCGUCAUCUAGGUCUCACUCACCAAAUAAGUACAGUGAUGGUUCCCCACGAAGUAGGUCAUCUUCAUAUACCUCGGCUAGCAGUGAUGAUGGACGAAGAGCCUCAAUUAGAUCCAGUGGGAAAAAAAGUGUCACUUCAAAUAAGAGACACCACAGCAACUCUGAAAAGACACUUCACAGUAAAUAUGUCAAAGGCAGAGAGAAGUCUUCAUGUCACAGAAAAUAUAGUGAAAGCAGAUCAUCUUUAGAUUACUCUUCAGACAGUGAACAGUCACAUGUUCAAGUAUACUCUGCUCCAGAGAAGGAGAAGCAGGGGAAAGGGGAAGCACUGAAUGAUAAGCAGGGGAAAGGCCGAGAAGAAGGAAGAUGCAAGCCUGAGUGGGAGUAUCCUCAUUCUAAAAAGAGAGCUCUGAAAGAUGGUCUUCCUGAUCACUCCAGAGAUGACAGUAUGUCCAAAGGGAAGAAUUGUGCUGGGAGUAAAUGGGACUCUGAAUCAAACUCAGAACAAGAUAUGAGUAAGAGCAGGAAAAGUGGUCCUCAGAGAUAUUCUGAUAAGGAGGAGGGUGAAGCCUCUUCAGACUCCGAGUCAGAAGUUGGCCAGAGUCACCUCAAAGCCAAACCCCCAGAACUGCCUGGCAGCGAUGGUGCCUGGAAGUCUAGGAGACCACGGUCUUCAGCCUCUGAGUCAGAGAGCUCCUGCUCCAACUUGGGGAACAUUAGAGUGGAGCCCCAGAAGCAAAAACACCCAAAGGAUGGUCUGAAAGGGGAUCACCCAAAAAGAGUGAGAGAGAAAUCAAAAUCCAAAAAGGACAAAAAACACAAGGCUCCAAAACGGAAGCAAGCUUUCCACUGGCAACCUCCACUCGAGUUUGGUGAUGAUGAAGAGGAGGAGAUGAACGGAAAGCAAGUUAUGCAGGACCCAAAAGAGAAAAAGCAUGUCUCUGAGAAGUGUGAAACUGCGAAAGACAGUAUUCCAAAAGUAGAGAAAACCUGCGAUGAAGGCAGCUGUCCAAGUAAACCCAGGAAGGGUGCUUUAGAGCAGGACCCACUUGCACAGGUUGAACAUGAUCCCAGCCCUUGCCUUGCACCUCUGAAAGUGGAGGAGAACACUACCAGCUCUCCACCUAGCACCCAGCAUCUUGAAGAACGUGUCCCAGGUGGAGGGGAGGAUGUGCUUCAGACAAAUGACAACAUGGAGAUUUGCACCCCUGAGAGGACUUCCCCUGCAAAGGGAGAGGCAGUGUCCCCUUUAGCAAACCACAGGCUAGACAGCCCAGGGGUGAGCAUUAUUCCAGAGCACGAGGAACAUAUGGCACAUCCCAGAGCAGGAGGGACAGAGAGCAGCAUGUCUGAAAGCAAGGCUUUAGGUGAGAGUGGGGUUAAACAGGACAGCUCUACCAGCUUGACCAGUUCUGUAGAGAUUGCUGGAAAGAAGGAGGGUGCUGAGAAGAGCCAGAUGAACCUCACAGAUAAAUGGAAGCCAUUGCAAGGUGUAGGGAAUCUGGCAGUUUCUGCUGCAACCACAUCCAGUGCUCUGGAUGUGAAAGCAUCUACUGUGCCUGAAGUGAAACCACAAGGCUUGAGGAUAGAAAUCAAAAGCAAAAAUAAAGUUCGGCCUGGGUCUCUCUUUGAUGAAGUAAGAAAGACAGCACGCCUAAAUCGGAGGCCACGGAAUCAAGAGAGUUCCAGUGAUGAACAAACACCUAGUCGGGACGGUGAUAGCCAAUCCAGGAGUCCACACAGAUCUCGAAGUAAAUCCGAAACCAAAUCUCGACACAGAACAAGGUCUGUCUCGUACAGUCACUCACGAAGUCGAUCUAGAAGUUCUACCUCAUCUUACCGAUCAAGAAGCUACUCUAGAAGCCGGAGCAGGGGCUGGUAUAGUAGAGGCCGAACCCGCAGCCGGAGCAGUUCCUAUGGAAGUUUCCAUAGCCACAGGACGUCCAGCAGGAGCCGGUCCAGGAGCAGCUCCUAUGACCCCCACAGCCGCUCCAGCAGAUCCUACACCUACGAUAGCUACUACAGCCGGAGUCGAAGCCGCAGCCGCAGCCAGAGGAGUGACAGUUACCAUCGGGGUAGAAGUUACAAGAGGCGGUCCAGGAGCGGUAGAUCCUAUGGUUCGGACAGUGAAAGUGACAGAAGUUACUCUCAUCACCGGAGCCCUAGUGAGAGCAGCAGAUACAGCUGAGGUGUCUCUGUACAGAUUGUGUCUUAACUGUAAAUACCUGGUAACUUAAAGCUUAAGAAACUGGAUGGCAGUCUGUUGUGUUUUAGUAUUAGACCUCAGUCCAAUAGUGGCUAUUUCUUGUCACUUAUUUACAUGUGCGCAGAAGACUUAAAAGUGCAGAUGUCCCUAGAAAUAUUUUUAUGCCCCACUUUACAGUAGGCAACUGGAGUUUUCAUUUUCUUGAAUCAAGAAAUUUGAUGUAAGUAUAAUUUGCAGUGUCACUGUAGACAGUAUUUUCUGUAGAUCACAUUGUCCAUAGAAUUCAGGUUUCUUUUUGUUUCAGGUUUUAGCAUCCAUGCUGCCAAAAAGAAUUGUGGAGAGUUGUCACAAGACACGUCUCCCAUGUCCCCAUACUGGUUGUCUUCUUGGCAUGUGCUAUCAGGUCAGGCUCUACACAUCCACAUUGACUAUGGCCAGAUGUGCAUGGUGGUAGCUCACGCCUCCAUGUCUGCAGCAGUCCGUCCCAGCUCUGAUCAUCCACAUUGCCCGAGGGCUCUGCCUUUUCACAGUGAAUGCCAGAAGCUCAGAUAGUGACUGUGUUGCCGCCCCAGCUCCUGCUUUGGUGCUUGGUGCCUUUGGUUCCUCAUAUACCCUAUGUCAUAUUAUUAUAUACUGCAUUUCCUGAUGCCAGGAAAUGAUUUUUUUUUUUUUUAAUUUACUGGCACCAAAAAUUAUUUCUUCUGAGCUAGGUUCACUAUGAGUGUAGGGGUUUCUUCCAAACACAGAUAUGUGGUGCAGGUCCCGUGGAACAGGACCUGUAAGGCUGGUCAUGUUGUGCACAUGUUUGCUAAAGAGUGGCCUUCAGAAGUGACUCCACAGUCUUUAAGUGCUGCACCCCAGAAAUACUCGGGCAAUACCAGCUGUGCUCACUGUGGAUGCAGCAGCAGCCCGGCCCCAACAAUCUCAUUCAUUCCUUGUUUGUGUUGAGACAUCCCCCACCCCCACCCCGCCUCCUGACUCCAUGGAGCCCUGCCUGAGGAGGAAACCCAGGACAAAAGUUAGGGGUAGUGGGGUCCCAGGCUCUGCUGCACAGAUAGGUGUUCUUAACGCCUGUGCGGCUCCUCUAGGAAGACUCUACUAGUGUGGAUUUGUUUCUGCUUUGUUCUCUUGAGUUUGCAUUCUUUCCCCAAAGUGUACUUAAUCACCUUAGUGCCGGUUUAAUCCAGUUCACAGACUUCCUGUCAGGUAUAUGGUGUAGAAGUGUAUCCCACCCUAUCCUACCCAGGCUUUGCUAGUGUAUUUGGGAAGAGAAAAGGCCUUGGGCUGGAGGAUCUUAUUAAAGCCCUGGCCAGAUGGAGGGGGGAGGUACUGGAUGUAUGAAAAUAAGUCUUCCAGGGCCAUGUGGCUCAGUGAUAUAUAAGCAUGUGCUUAGCAUGUAAAGUAGCUCUGGGUUCAGAGAUCAGCAUCCCACAAAUAAGUAAAGCUGUUACUCUGCGGUGUAUGUGGUAUUUUGGUGGCCAGCCAGCUGUUGUUCACAUGUCUGUAAAUUAGUUAAUUAGAAGGAUAACAUCAGAACUCAGUGCUUGGGGGGGUUAAACACAUGCUGUAUAGUGAGUGGUUCCUGUUUUUUUUUUUUGUUUUUUUUUUUUUCUUUUUUUUAAGUUGCCUACAAAGACAGAUGUUUGACUCUAGUAUUCAGUGGGAAAAAUACAUUCAGAGCCCAAACUGGUAAAUGGAAUUAGUAAGAAAAGGUCACUAUUGGGCCAUAUAUUCUUAUUUGGUUGCUGUGUAACAAGUUAUCCCAAAUUUCUCAGCCUAAGAGCACCCAUGAGUCAUUGAGGAUCAGGCAUGGUAGAGUUGACUUGUCUGCUCAGGGUCUCAAGGCUGAGGGCUGGAAGGGUUCAUUCCUCAUGAAGGAGUGACUUUCUUGUCGCUGGGACCUCUCUAGACUCUUGGGAGGAUGCUCAUGUCCACUGCUGUAGGCCUUGCCAUCUUCGGCCAGCAGGAACCCUUUGAAUCUUUGUCUUUUUCUUCAAAACCUCUGCCCUCCUCCUGCUCUAAGGGUCCAUGUAACUAGACCAAACCCCAGAGUUUAAUCUCUACUUGAAGUCCUGUGGCCAGAGGAGUUAUGGACAUUGGCAGGUUCUGGGGAUUAGCAUAGGGAGAGGAAAAGGGCAUCUGCCCAACGCCACCCGCCACACGGGCAGGGCUUAACCUGUAUCAACAGGUGCUCAUGCUCAGUAGUGUCAACCUUGCUGUUUAUACUCGAGUGAAUACAGAAAUGGCUUUUCUUCCUAUCUAGGAUCAUUCUGUAUUUUGAAGUUAUUUUUUUAAUAAAAUUGAAUUAUGUUGUGUAAUGUGCUUAAUAGAAAAUGCUUAUUGGAUGAUUUUGUAACAUCCUGUUUACUGCAAUGGCAUAGUUGAUAUUGUUCAAAAAUGUAGAAAAUACUUUUGUAUAUACUAGCAAUGUCUAAUUUGUAUAUACUUCUAUUAAAUUUCUCUACAACUUGAAAAGGAUCUUGUAGAAAUGAAAAUACAUGCCGAGUUUGAGUCUG